AUGGCUGUUCGAUCCGCUUUCGAUCCCAAGGACAUGGUGUUCCGUCACCUUGGUCCUACUGGACUGAAGGUCUCGGUGUUCUCUCUAGGUGGGUGGCUCACCUACGGUGGAACUCAGAAGGGCAACAUUGUCAAGGAAUGUCUGCAGACUGCCUGGGACCAUGGCAUCAAUUUCUUCGACACGGCUGAGACGUACGCCAACGGUCAGUCGGAGAUCGAGAUGGGCAAUGCUCUGAAGGAGCUCGACUGGCCACGAGACGAAUACGUCUUGUCAACCAAGAUCUUCUUCGGUACAGGUCGCAAAGAGCCCAACACGCGUGGUCUCUCCCGCAAACACGUCGUCGAAGGCCUCAAGAGCUCCCUUGAACGCCUUCAACAACCAUAUGUCGACAUUGUCCUGGCCCACCGACCCGACUAUGCCACUCCGAUGAAGGAGAUCGUCGAGGGCUUCACGCAGGUCAUCCGCAACCUUAACCUGGCUUACUACUGGGGUACUUCCGAGUGGUCCGCCGCUCAGAUCACGGAAGCCACCCUGAUUGCUGAGAAGUACAACCUCAUUGCCCCGAUCGCGGAGCAGCCUCAGUACAAUGCCUUCCACCGUCAACGCUUCGAGGUCGAAUACGCACCCCUGUACCAAGAAUACAAGUACGGCACGACAAUUUGGUCUCCCCUGGCCUCCGGUCUCUUGACAGGCAAAUACAACGACGGUAUCCCCGAAGGCUCUCGGUUUGCCAACCACAAGGACUUCUUCGGUAGCACCGUCGAACAGCUCCAGAAGCCGGAAGGCAAGGCCAAGAUUGAAAAGGUCAAGAAGUUGACCAAGAUCGCCGAGCGAUUGGGCGGUAACACAACCCAGCUGGCGUUGGCUUGGGCUGCGAAGAACCCGAACGUCAGCACCGUCAUUCUCGGUGCCACCAAGGUCGAACAGAUCGUGGACAACUGCAAGGCCAUCAAAAUUCUAGAAAAGCUCGAUGACAAGGUCAUGGAGGAGAUCGAGGAGAUCCUAGACAACAAGCCUGCGCCAGCCGCCGACUUUGGCAGAUCGAGGUAG